AUGAACGAAGAUAUUACUAUGUCAAGUGCAAAUAUUGUUGGUAACAACUCUGGUUACGUUCGCAAGGUCCGUGAACCCGAUGUUUUUAAUGGUGAAAGAGACGCUAUUGUUCUAAACGCAUGGAUUUACUCUUUGGAGUUGUAUUUCUCCUUGGUAAAGAUUGAAAACACCCAAGAAAAGCUUUUGGUUGGACUUUCUCUGUUGCGAAAUGAUGCUCAAUUGUGGUACUCACAGAUGAGUGCCUUUGAUAGUGAGCAUACACCACAAGAUUGGGAAACGUUCAAGACGGCAUUGCGUAAUGAAUUCAUACCAAUCGAUGCCAUUGCCAAGGCGCGCGAUGGUAUGGCUAAUCUGGUCCAAGUCUCGAAUGUUACGAGUUAUAUCAACGCAUUCAGACGUCUACUAUUACAGAUCCCGGAUAUGACGCCUGGUGUAGCUCAAGACAAGUUUGUGAGAGGACUAAAACAACCUCUUCGUCAUGCUGUGCGAUCUCAUUUUCCCAAAUCGAUGGAGGAAGCUCAGCGUUUGGCUCUUGCCAUCGAAGGUGCUGGUGAAGACGAGGUAGUUCAACCUAUUAGGCCGAAUGUACCGCAACCUCAGUAUGAAUCGAUGGAUUUGGAUGCAAUCCGUGAACUAGUCAAUGCUAUUAAUGGUGUUCCUGGCGGUCGACGUAACUUUAAUGCUGGUAACAAACCCAGAAACAAUACCAACAUUAAAUGUUACAAUUGUCAAGGUUGGGGACACAUGCAAGGUGAGUGCCCCAGCCCUCGUACUAAUGGUCGUGGUGGUGGAAAACGAUUUGGUGGCUCUUUUAAUAAGCAUUUAAAAGAUAUCAAAGUAGGAGAUACUGUUCCCAAGACUGGUGGUAAUGGUGUUGAUCUGUUAGAUCUCGAUAGCGAUCACGAAGUGGAUGAUCUAAAGGCUGACAGCAAUUAUUUGUUUAAUUUGGAAAAGAACAAUAAAACUACUACUGAUUUGCCAUUGUACUCUUUUGAUCUCUAUUCCAAUGAUGGAACUCGUGAUUGCCUCAAGCCUAUCAAGGUACUGUUGGAUACUGGUGCUAGCUCAAACUACAUUAGUCCUACAUUAGUUAAUCCUACAACAAUGAAGAUCACACCAUUACAUUCUAAACACGAAGUGGAAACGGCUAAUGGACAAGUAUCUGUUAUCAAGGAAAAGGUGGAAUUUUCGGUCUCGGCUAAUGGUGUUGGUCAACGUAUACAGGCUUAUGUGUUUGAUACUAAAUUUGAUCUUAUUCUUGGUCAGCAAUGGUUCAAACAGUAUAAACCUGUUCCCAAUUGGUCUAAUAACUCUUGGUCUAUUCCUGGCCCUCAUGGUAUUGGUAUGGCUGUCUUGUCUCCGGUAAAUCUGGUAUCUAAUGCUCAAGAUUUGGUGUAUGUCAUGGCCAAAAGACAAAUGCAGCGCUCUCUGCGAAAAAACAAGAUUGAUGAAUUGUUUUUGGUACAUGUCAAAGAGUCUGGUGACUGGCACAACAUGGUGGAUACUAGUGAUAAUCUCGGAAAGGAUAUCUCUAAACUGUUGGAUGAGUACAAGGAUGUUUUCACGGAAAAACUACCUCCUGGUUUACCUCCUGAUCGUGGUAUCGAACAUGUUAUCGAGACUGGUGAUGCUGAACCUGUAUGCAAACAUCCUUUCAAGAUGAGUCCUUUAGAAUUGGAUGAACUACAACGUCAACUAAAGGAAUUGUUGGACAAAGGCUUCAUCCAACCUAGUUCGUCUCCUUGGGGUGCUCCUGUUCUGUUUGUGCGUAAAAAGUCUGGCGAGCUUCGAAUGUGCAUUGAUUUCAGAAUUAUCAAUUCUUUAUGCACUAAAAAGCUCAACACCCCCUUACCUCGUAUAGAUGAGUGUUUGGAACGCCUCGGCGGGGCUAAAUACUUUGCGCAAAUCGAUCUGACGAGCGGCUACCACUAA